UGGCGGCGGCCCUGUCACACAACACCCCGACACACAGGCUCAGAGCACCGCCAGGCACCCGCCCCUGUCUGCUGCAGCAAGGAGUCAUUUUACCUUCCUAUGACGUUGCGGAUCACUAUCUCUGCAUCUGCCUGGGCUCUAUGAUAUAGUUGUUCAGAGUGUUGGCCCUGAGGGAGUAAGCCGUUUCAAAGGCUGUAGUUGGGACCGAAAGGGACAACUACCUCCCGAACCAAGACCAAGGGAGAAAUCCCAAGCCACCUGUGACAUCAAGACCAAGAUCAAGAUCAUAGAUACAGUGAACACUGCUCUCAUUCACGUGGCAUGGCAGGAGGGCCGAGUGUCUCAAUGGUUGUCAUGUUGAGCUUUCUUUGACACACUCCUUCAGGGACAAACACAUUCACCUCCCACACAUGAGAAACAAUCUUAACCCUUGGCAACAAUGGACCGAUGGUUUUGGUGUGACUCCAGUUUAGGCCCAGGUGAGGCUCUGGCUGCCUCAGCAAAGUCCAUCCGGUUAUAUGAUGGAGACAAGAAGACUGGAUAUGAAGACGGCCAUCUUACUCUUACAAAUCAUCGACUGUUGUGGCGGCAUGAGAGUCAGUCAUCAUCCUUGGGGCUGCCGCUGAAUCUAGUGGUCCUAAUUGAGGAGGAGGCUGGAGGGUUCACCUCCAGUCCAAAGCUUGUGCUGCACCUGGCCAGGCCCUCUCCUGGCCAGCCCUCUGGACCUGUUGCCACCAGCCAGGCCUCUUAUGUAAGGCUCUCUUUUAAACAUGGUGGUUGUAGUUCUUUUCAGCAUGCCCUCCAAAAGGCUCUUGAGGCACGGGCUUGGGAAACUGCAGAUACAGCACAGAUUAGCAAUAGCAUGAAGCCUCCAGGGUCAAGGAAAAUUCAUACAGGUAUCUUGGGCAUUGAGAGAGCCAUCCAAGCAAAGCAGGAAGAAGCAAACCAGAAUAUAAGUCGUGCCUUUGAAGACCUUCGGAACUUAAUGGAGUUAGCCAAGGACAUGGUCAGACUUUCACGUAACAUUUCAAAUAAGAUCAAGGAACAUUCAGUUUCUGCUGAUGACACAACACAGUUCAGGUCAUACCUCCUGAGUUUAGGCAUUGAUGACCCUGUGACAAGGGAGAAGUAUGGCUCAGCAACGCAGUACCACCACCAUCUGGCACGUGAGAUUGCUGGGGCCUUAGAGGAGCCUGUGCAAGAGGCUGGAGGGGUAAUGCUCCUUUCUGAAGUAUAUUGCAGGAUCAACCGGGCACGUGGCCUCCAACUGCUUUCUCCAGAGGAUGUUGUUCAAGCAUGUAGUGUCAUGCGGCACUUGGACCUACCUCUGAGCCUACAUACUUUUGAAUCAGGAGUCCAGGUGGUGCAAAUAACAGGCUUAGAUCAGGAAAAAGUGGUGAAAGACACAGCACAUGUAUUGGAGUGCCAUAAAAUAGAUGGUGUGUCAGCUGGAGACUUAGCACGGGAGUGUGGUGUUCCUCUUUUGCUAGCAAGGGAGAGGCUGCUGCAGGCAGAACGGUGUGCCCAGGCUGUUAGAGAUGAAUCCAGUGAAGGACUGCGAUUUUAUCCCAAUCUGUUUUUCUCUCGCUCAUAGUCCAGGAGACCCUUCUUCCUUCAAGUUGAUUCACCUCGCAUCAAGCAGUUCAUUCAGACUCAACAAGAAGAUGAGCACUGCACAUAACUCACUGCUACUCUAUUGCUAAUCAAAUAUCAGCAGUAGUCACAGAUAUAGCCUGAUAUCUUACCAGAAAACACAGAAAUUACAAGUUUGCUGAAAUGCCAGAAGCACUGCAGACUUUUUACUGUAUCAGCUAAAAAUCCCAUCAUUACUACAGUUGGGAUAGAAAAGUAUAGGUGUCAUUUCUGCUAUAUGUAUCAACUUGUUUGCUGCCUGUGAGUGUACAGUAGCUGAUAAUUACUUAUCCUGACAUUAGUGUUGAUAUAGACAGAUUAGCUAAAUGGUCAAGUGCCUUUUAUUGAUUACAUUUCAGUUCAAAAAGUGAUAACAAAAUCCUCACCAGCCAAAGCAGUGAUAAUAAUGAUUUAUUGGCUAAAAUAUAAAUAUUCAGUGUGCAUUGGUCAAGCUGAAAAAAAAAAUUAUUGCUUGGAUUUUUUUUUAUUAUUAUUGUUAUUAUUUAUUUUUUUUUUUUUUUUUUUUUUUUUUUUUUUUUUUAAUGGAGCAUAUUCUAACUGCAAGCUAUGAGAAUGUUUCACGAACCUUCACAAAAUGUUUUUUCUUUUGUCAGCACCACUUUAGUACAGUAAAAUCUCACUUUUGGUGACUAAUUGGUGCCAGAGAAAGCUCACUAAACUCAAAUUUGAAAGUUCAAACAAUAGGAAAAACAUUAAUUGGUAGCAGAACCCUCAGUCAACAUAUGUUUUAGUGUAUUGGUGUUUUAAAAC